AUGAAUGUAAAAAAUUAUAUAUUACGUAAACUUGUGGGUGACUCUUCAAAUACAUUGACUAUUGAAUAAGUGUAGAGAAUUUUGGAAUCACAAAAGGAUGAUGAUAGAAUAUUUAGGUAAAAUGACAUAUGCGAAAUAGAGCAAUUAUUAAUUCAUCAUUGUCCAAUUAAAAACUAUAGAUAGCCAAUUCUGAAUUCCGUAUUAAUUCUUUAACAGAUUUUGGUAAUCUAUUAUUGAACUAAUUGCAAUCCAGUUUAGUAAAUAUAUUAAUCCAUAUCAUUAUAUUAGUAAUCCAUAAAAUCAAAGAAUUAACUUUUAUCUAUAGAUUAGUUUCCAAUAGACAUCAAUUAAUUUAAUAUUGAAAUUUCAUAAACUGAUUUAAUAAAAUAAUAACUUUAACACAUCUAUCGAUUAUUUAAAGCUACUAUUAGAUAAAAUGGUGAUGGUUUAAAAGAAACUUUAAAUUAUCUUGCCAAUUUAAAUUAAGCUGAGUAAAUUAUAGAAUCUUAAUAUGCAUAAUAAUGUAUUCUGAAAGCACCAGAAUACAUUUAAGGAAUAGAUGAAAUUAAUUUAUGGUGUUAGAAAAGUACUACUUUAUAUGAGGCAGUAAUCUCUACUAGAUAGUUAUUACAAUAAAGUAAAUCCACAUCUUUAAAAAAACAAUUGUAAAUUGUUGAUAAAUACAAGACUAUUUAAAGGAUAAAAUAUACAUUAGAAAAAUUAAUGAUUUUAAAAUAAACUUUUGGUUAAUUAGCUUAAGCAAUGAACAAAUAUGAUGAUAAUGCUUAUGAAAUCAUACCUAUAAUGAAAGAUACACAAAAUAAUAUUAAUAAAUAUAAAUUAAAUGAAUUGAAAUUAUCAUGCAUUAGUGAUAAUUUCUUUGAAAAUAAAAUUGAAUCUUUGAAAGAAAGAAUAAAAUAAGGAAUCUUAGCAAAUUUUAUGAAAUUCGAUGAAAAGAAAUAUUAUUCUCUUUUGAAAAGUUAUUAUUUCAUUGAAAAACAUUAUCAAAUGUAAUCUUAUUUGACUUAAAUCUGGGCUUUGGUUAAGAAGAGUAUUAGUGUAACAUUUAAAAAUGCAAUUAAAUUAUUUCAAUAAUCUUAUAUCCCGCAUAAAAUCUAUCAAAAUUGCCAAGACGAAGACUUACUUUAAUUCUAUAAAUUAUUAUAUAGUGAAUUGGUAGAACAAAUGUUAAAUUUUCAUUAUUGCAAUAGGUUCCAUCAAGAAAAUGAUUUUAAAAUUGAAGAAGAAAUUGGCAAUACUUAAUUUGAAGAAUAUACCGAAUAAAUUAGAUAAUCAUAUUUAGAAAUGAGAUAAUUAAUAUGGGCAUAGAUUCAAAAGAAGAUUGUUAAAAUCAUCACUGCUCAUUAAAUCAAUAUUAAAUCAUUAGUUAUUGAACAAUUAAUAUACUUCUUAGGUUAUAAUUGCUUAUUAAUAAAAAGGGCUGAAGAUUUUAGUCAUUCAGAUUCAUAAAAGUAUAAUUAUUAAUACUAUUUAGUUUAACUUAAUGCAUAAUUGAUGUCUAUAUGAGAUUUGUUUAAUAGUUUCAUAAAGCAAAUCUCAAAUCUAUAAGCACAUAUUUACAAAAUGAAUUAUACUAAAGAUUGCCUUUAACAAAGGAUUCCAAAUUAAUUUAAUAAUUAGAAUAAUUAACAAAUUUAAACUAAGUUAAUAAAAAGGUUUUUGAAUAUUUAAUUGAAAAAAGAGAAGAGAAUUAUCAAUAAGAAACUAAGAAAACAGUUGAUUUCUAAGAUUUGAUUAAUAAUGAUAAAGAGAUGUAAUUAUUUUAUUUAUUUGAAUAUCAAAAUCCUUUUGUACUUUAAUAGGAUGAAUUUGAUCUCAUUAUAAAAGCAAUUUGGAUUAAAAAGCAUACUUCUAUAUCUACAGGUGUUUUGAAUUAAAUAGAAUCGGUUUUAUCAUCAUCAAGUAUUAGAAUCUUGGAAUUGCUUCCAUAAUAUGCUUUACUCUCCUUUUAUCAUCCAUCAUGUCAACAACAAAUAAUAGCUUGUUUUCUUUAAUUACUAGAACUUUAUAUGUUUGUUUCAUAUAAUCAAUUAGUUGGAAUGACUUAAUAAAAAUAACUAUUAGAGAAUUUUUCUUAAAUAAUAAAAUUUGAUGAAAGUAAAGAAAUAGAGUUCUAUGUCUAAACUUAUGAUUCAUUUAGCGAUAGUUUAGUUCUUUAAGAACGAUUUUGUUAUUUUAAAAGGUUUGUUUAAAAGUUUUGUAAAGAAGGAAUCGAUUUCAAAGAAAUUGAUUUAUUUUCAUCCAAAGAAAAGAGGUAAUUUGUUGAUAUUGCAGAAAGAGCCAUAGCUUCAGAAUCCUUAGCAUAUUUACUUUCUUAAACAAAGUCUGUAUUUUCUUUAAUUGGAAUAACUUCACAAAACUUUGAUAUUUUUAAGGAAGUCUAUAAUUAAUAUAAGGAGUUCAUUUAUAGAAAUUUUGUGUAAACCUAUAUUAAGAUUGAUGGAAUUGUAUAAUAUGUACCUCAAUAAAGGUGGGAUCUUAAAGAUCUACAUAAUGAAAAUAAUAAUAUAUAUUUGGAUAGGUUGAUAUAAUUUAUUCUUGAUUAAAGAGAAAGAUUAAAGAGCAUAGGGGGAGGUGUGAUACCACCAAAUGCUUAAAAAGAUAUAUUUUCAUUUUUGGCAGAACAUUGCUUAAAUGUGUUAUUGGAAACUUAUGGGAAGAUUAAAAAAGUAACAUAAUAUUUGAUGAAAAUUAGUUAAAUUCAAUUGGAAGAGAUUAAAUGAUUUUUGAAUAUACUACUUGUUGUUAAUCAAUAGAAUCAAGUUAGAAGAAUAAUAAAGAAGUUGUGCUUAAUCCUAAGAUUACUUUAAUGCAAUUGGAAUAUUUGAAGGUUUUCAAUUCCUAAUAAUACGAUGAGAUUGAUUAGUAUAUACAAAAAUCGAAAGUAAAUAUGAUUUGAUUAUACCAUUAGACUUUAAUUCCAUUAAGAUUGCUAUAUAAUUUGAUGAAUUCAAGUUCAAGUUAUAACAAAUUAUCAAAAUAAUAGAGGAAAGAUAUAUCAAUAAAAUUCUUUAAAGAUUAUUAUGAUACAUUUAAAUUAUUUUGA